AUGGUGGGCGCUGCGAGGGCAGCGCCGGUCGGCCAGGCUGCGAGCCGCCGGGUGAACCUGUUUCGCCCACUGGCGGCCCCGCAGGCACGUUUCUUGAUGCCGAUCAACAACAACAUGAUUGACUCUGACUUUAAUCCUCCCAGCUCCGAGAAGCCGAUGUACCUGAACGAGUUCAUCAACCAGUCUCCCGCGCAGCACCAGGAGGACAUGAAGAACGCGAAGCGCCAGCCGGUCGUUCACGACACGAAGGACCUGAUCCGCUCGCACGCGGCAGACCCGCACAACAAGUACGGCAUGGCGGAGUGGGUGCACGUGCACUACGACAUCACCCGCGAGCCCACCUUCCCCCGCAAGCCUGACCUGUCCAAGGGCGAGCUGGCCGCUGGCGCCACGGUCACGCGCACGGACGUCUGGCACGACCCGAAGGAGCCCGCGAUCACUUCCGUCGCCAAGUUCUCGCCCGAGAACUUCCGCCCAGUCGGCUGGGCCGAGAACGCCCCGCAGCCGACGACCACCUGCCCCGAGGGCACGCUGGACUUCAGGGCCAACCGCCUGCCCAUCGGCCACGCCGACCGCCGCCCCUUCGUCUACUUCCUCGCGGCGACUUCUGGCUUUGUGAUGAUGUCCAUCACCCGCGCCGUCGUGUGCAAGCUCCUGCACGGCAUGUGGCCAGCCAUGGAUGUGUUCGCCGCCGGCGUCGUCGAGGUCGACCUCCGCCCGGUGCGGCUGGGCCAGAAUUUCGUGGUCAAGUGGCGCAACAAGCCAGUCUUCAUCCGCAAGCGGACUCAGGCCAUGAUCGACUCGGCGACCAAGGACGACUGCCUCGCGCCCUCCAUGCGCGAGCCAGCCACGGACGCGCAGCGCUGCAAGAAGUCCGAGUGGCUCAUCUGCAUCGGCGUCUGCACCCACCUGGGGUGCAUCCCGCAGCCGGAUGCCGGCAACUAUGGGGGAUAUUUCUGCCCUUGCCAUGGCUCCCACUACGACCACGCGGGGCGUAUCCGCCAGGGGCCAGCGCCGAAGAACUUGGAGGUGCCGCCGCAUAGCUUCAUCGAUGAGUUCACCGUGAAGCUCGGGUGA